AUGAUGGGAGCUCGAGGCGAUUUGGGUAUUGAGGUUGAGACAGAGGAGGUUCUGGAAGGGAAAGGGGAGGAGGCGGAAGAGGAGGCGGAAGAGGAGGCGGAAGAGGAGGAGAGCUGGGCGGCCUCCGCCACUCUUCAGGCGGAGCUGCGCGCGGUAGUGGGCGCGGACGGCCCUUGCGCCAUUGCGCGCCAAGAUUGGUCACGCACCCCCGUGUCCCCUGCGCCAACGCCGCGGGGCGGAGCUUCCGCGUGCGCGCAGCAGACGCCGCGCUCCGCGCAGGAGGCGCGCAUGCAGCUGCUGCAGGCGCAGCUGGAGCUGCUGGAAACGAGCAAGGCGGUCUCCGCGCUGAAAUGCGCGCGGCACGUCGUUCAGAUGCCCGGACACUCCGCGCGCUACAGCAGCUGCGCCGGGACUGCCGGAGGCGGAGACGGCGAGAACAGCGGCAGUGGCAGUGCGACUGGCAGUGGCAGUGGCGGGAGCAGUAGCGCUAGCAGUCCGAGAUUCGGCGGAGCGAACGGGAGCGCGCAAGCGGAUAGCCCCCGGUCGGAGGGGAGCUUCAGCUUCGGGGAGAUGAUUAGUCCGCGCGCGCACGACGCGCAGCACGCGGGGGAGCUGGAGUUGGAACUGCAGCAGCAGCAGCAGCAACACCGCCACCGCCAACAGCAAGAACAGGGGGAGGAGAGGGAGGAGAAAGAAGAAGAGGUUUUCUACCUCCACUCGGCGUCGUUGCCGUCGUCACCGUGCCAGCAGCAGGCCUGGCACCUUCCAGAACGCCUGGGAGGCUCGUUGCAAGAACGGGCAACAACAGGUGGCAUCGGUAACAACAGCAGCAGGUGUGGGAGUAAGAGUGUCAACAGCAGGAGGAGCGGUGGUGGCAGUGGUACCGGUUCCAGGCAAGUGAGCUUGCAAGGUGCUGCCACGGGUGCUUCUGCAGCAAUGGCAAUGGGGGCAGCGGUGCUGGCGUCAGCGGUGCCACGUGUCAUCACCUCACCACAUGCGGGCACGUCACCCCGGAUGGAAUUUCCUUCGCCCACUGGGUUUUCCUUCAACCUGAGCCCAAACUCUUGUGCUACCUCUCUUCCCUUCCGGCAAUCUGCUACCGCUUCACUCCGGCUUACCGGUGUGUUGGGCAACAGCUAUGCUAUGCACUCUAUAGUAUAG